UGAGAGAAAAGCCUGAAACUGAAUGGAAACAAGAAAAGUAAGAAGGAGGGUCAAAGGUUAUACAAGCUGUGAAUAUGAAUCCUGAUCCCGGAGCCACAGAGAUGGAUUCCUCCUGCGUGACGCCUGGAAAUCCCACCUGUGAUGAACCAGAGAACCAGGAGCUGGAUCCGGUGCUGGUUUGGGUUCCCAGCGGGCAACGUCUGAUCUCUGGUCUGCUGGGGAUGAACGUGGUCCUGCUGGGGACGGCUCUGGUGGGGGGACAGGCCUUUAACCCCGAGGGCCUGAAGCACCAGGAGCCCCAGGUUUUCUUGCUGCUGCUGAUGGGGGUCAGUUUGAUCUGGAUGCUGUGGUACCUGCUGUGGGCCCGGAAACAACCCGGCAUCUGCCCACAUAAAGACCACCACGCUGGGGGAAUCACUGUCACCUUGGUGCUCAUUCUUUUCGCUGCGUUCAGUUCGCUGCUGUUCAUCUGCAGGAUUGGUUAUUUGAUCAGCGUGAGGGAGUGUCAGCCGGCUGCUAAAGUGCUCUCUGUGUUCAUUGAGGCUCCUUUUCUGGUGCUGCAGACAUAUUUACUGUGGGUUCACUCCAAAGACUGCAUCCACAAACACAAGAUCAUCACCAGGUCUGGACUGAUGGUGAUUCUAUCAGCUGACCUGCUGCUAUGGCUCAACGCCGUCACCGAGGACACGAUCCACGAGGAGAUCGAGUUAGAAAAGAGCGACGGGUUCAAGUUCAGCAACACAAACUCAUCUGAGGCAGACGACUCUGAUUCCGCAGGUAACUUGACGCUGUGUCGCUGCAGUGCGAGCGCCGCCUGCCUCACCUUCAGAAAAGGCUUUGAGAUCUUGUACCCCUUCAACAUGGAGUUCUACCUGAUGGCAGGCUGCAUGAUCUAUGUGAUGUGGAAGAACGUGGGCCGCAGGACCAGUCCGGGUCACCACGUCUCCCAGAAGCUGACCCUGAACAUCGUGUACCAGGGCGGGGUCAUCUACGGCCUGGUGUUUGGAGGCCUGGUCCUGGCGGCAGGAGUGACGGUGUUCAUCCUCUACCAGGUGUGGGUGAGCCAGCAGCACCUUCGCAUCACAGCCUUCCUCAUCUUCUACGGCUUCCAUUUAGCCGUCAUGCCCGUCAUGUCGUUCUGCUCGCUGGCUGGGAUGCUGGUCCACAGGCUGGAGAGGAGGGCCCACGAGGGAGGACUCAACCCGACUCGGAGCCUGGACGUGAUGCUCCUGGUGGCGGCGGCUUUGGGCCAGCUCGCCCUCUCCUACUUCUCCCUGGUGGCGGCCCUGGCUCUGGGGACCAGCGGGCCCCUGGGGGACCUGGACCUGUCCUACUCCCUCCUCAGCCUCCUGGAGCUCAUCCUCCAGAACAUCUUCAUCAUUGAAGGCCUCCACCGGCACCCGGACCUGUUCGCCAAGAAGAAGAAGAAGCAGAGGAGCAGCAUAUUUAAGCCAAAGAAAAAGGUGACGACACCGACGCAAGAAGAGAAGAAGGCGGAUAUCUCUCUGCUGGAGGGAAACACGUCAGCACCCCCUGCUGUUCAAGAGCAUGAUGAGAAAAAGUCCUGGCACAAGAGAGCGAUACAAGAAAUCUGUGCUUUCCUCAUCCUGUCUAAUAUCAUGCUGUGGGUCAUCCCGGCCUUCGGAGCCCACCCUCAGUUUGAGAACGGCCUGGGGAAACAGUUCUUCGGCUUCAGCGCCUGGUUCAUUCUGGUGAAUCUGGGUCAGCCGCUCAGCGUUUUCUACAGGAUGCACUCGGUGGGAGCUUUACUGGAGCUGUUCAUCACUGCAUGACGAGCAAACACGGAACACGUGGAGCAAACAGGCAACACACACGCAGGUUAUACUUUACAUGGACAGAAGUAUGUGGACGUCAAUGUGCUGAUGAGGUUGUUGUUCCUUAGGGUUUGAGAUUGUUGGAGUAGGUUUGUGUUUGUCCACUUCCUGUUUCAGUAUGGCGAUGUUCACGUGCACGAUGCCCACGUGCACAGAUCCGGCUUCAUGAAGAGGCGUCUCCACAGGAUGGCGCGGCUGCAAAGAUUGGGAAGAAAACUACAAAAAGGAAGAACAUGCCAAAAAAAUCCAACAUUUCAAAAUGGUCAGGAGGUGAGAGGUGAAUAACUGCAUGAAACGUUUAAACAUGAUCACCCUUUAAGAUUGUCCCCAUGAUCCAGAUGUGCAACAUUUAAUUCUUUCCUGACUCCACAUCCCUCCACCAGGUUUCAUUUAAUACGUCCAGUCGUUUUGUGCAUUAUAAUAAUAAUAACGAACACAGAUGAACACAAGGUUUCUCUCUUACUCAUGAAAAAUGAGUAAUUUUUAAUAAUCGAUUUUUUACUUCAGUAAAAGAACCAACACAUGAAAAUACAAAUCCUCCGUUACAAAGUCCUGCAUCUUAAAUCUCAACAGAAAAAUGUUGUUCAAGAGACAAAUAAAAGUAAAAUGUAUAAUUCUUGUUUGCUUUGGGCCCA